AACAAUAUCCACAUCGCGGAGAAAACAUCUCCUCAAGUUUUUCGAUUUUCCUUCGCCUGCAUUCGAGUUCAAUUUUUCAGAAUUGUCGGUCAUACUUUUUCUCACAUCGCGGUUAAUCAAUCAGACGAGAUAAAGAAUCAAGGAAUUAUAAAAAAAUAAAAAUCUUCAUCUUCUUUUUAAAAUAAAAUCUCUCUCGAUCUACUAUUUUUCAUCGUCUUUGUUUAGAAAUUUGAUUUGGUUUUGAGAAAUCCAAUCAAAAAUUCUAUUGGAAAAACCAAAAUUUUUCAUCGGUCUGGGAUUUGGGAAUUAUUUAUCUCUAUCUAUUCUCAUCUAUUAUUGCACACUCCACCCUUGUUGGGGGUAUCUCUAUCUAUCGUGUGUUCUUCUACUCGUUUUGUCUCGUCUCGUCGUCCGUCGGUUGUCUUUUCUCGGUGGGAAGAACUCAAAAGGAAUUUUUGUUGUUUCUCUCCCGUAUGUUGAAUUUUGUUUUUUUUAAUAAAAUUAACAAAAUACGAGCGAAUUUAUUGUUUAAUCAAAUGAAAAACAGUAGUUUUCGUAUGUGUGUGUGUGUGGAUGUAUAGAAAUUGUUUAAAAAAGAAAUACCUAUGGUGUGGAAAAAUUUCCCGGUGUAGUGGUGAAUUCUUUCAAAUUAAUAUUGUCUUUAAUGUCUUUCUUGGAUCACAUCAAACUAGUGUUGAAGUUUACGCAUUUAUCUCACGGUGUUUUGUAGAGCUUAUAGCAGGUGGAAAGCGAAUUAAUUGGACUGUAUCGUCAUAUAGCAGAAUUUACUUAAAGCUGCGUCAAAGAUACUACAUAAUAAUAUAACAACUUACAAGGACCAAAUACAAAAACAACAAUAAAACAAAAAAAAUUGCAAUGAUGAAUUAAACCAGGACUCAAUCGGCUAACACAGAGACAGAGAAACCUCUUCAAUUGAAGCUUGGAAGGCAAACACGCCACAAGGCCAGAUCCUGUUGAGGGCUUGACAUCUGCAUGUUGUGCCGGACAACCAGAAAAUCACAACAAUGACUGAAAGGUUACGUUCGAUAAAUAUCGGUGGUAGUGGCGGCAGUAAUUCUGGCGGUGGCAGCUCUGGCUAUACGAUAAUUGGAGCACCAACCCUUAUUUCGAGUACUUUUACAGGAGCUACAGCAUCGCCAGGCUUGACAGCGAUUGGAAGUAAUGCCGCAGGCAGUGUCGUUGGAUUGAUUGGCGGUGGCGGGGCAGGUGGAUAUAAUCUAAAUGCCGCAAGCAAUGGUGGCGGCCUCGGUGGUUUGGUUGGAGGAAACAAUAAUAACAGCGGUAGUGAUACCGAACCGGACUUGUUGCCGGUUAUGGCACAAUUGAAUUUUCAUCUGAUGCAGGACCUUGGCAAUGCUGGAGUUGAGUGUAAUUCAAUUAUGAACACAUCACAAAUUUCGACAGCGUCAAAUGAUUCGAUUUCAAUUGGGGUACAACGUCAUCCAUCGGCUGCUUCAUCGUCGGGCAAACAUUUGGGAGCUAAGAAACCCUCAACCAGUACAUCCUGUCGUUUUCCAAAACUCGAAGAAUGUGCUCACUUCCACUAUGAACGUGUCCAAUUGGGGCCCCUCUCUGUACGUCUGGUUGAUGACAAGUCAGAAUUACUCAACAGCAGCAUUGCAUCACAAUCAUUGGGUGGGGAUGUGGCAGCAUCUCAAAACUCUUCACUGCGUUCGUUUAGCCCGUCGAUAUGUUGGUUUAUUGUAAAGGUGAUUCCGAAUCGUUCGGAUCCGUUCCUGGUGAAGCGUUCCUUUGACAAUAUGAAACUGCUCGAUGAGAUGUUGCAUCGUUGUGUGUAUGACAGGAAAAUAAGCGGUCUCAAGGAUUUGUCCGAAAUGGAUUUUAAAUCCGAGGAGGAUGUGGAGUAUGCAGUUGCUGUUUACUUGGAGCGAUUUUCCAAAAUUGCCUCAGACUCACUCACUUGCGGGACUAUCCUUACAUGGCUGCAAUUGGACAAUAAGGGAAGAAGACUGCCUUUGGCAGAUACCGAUACCAUGAAGUGUAUCAAUACUCCAGCUGUUGGAGCUGCUUAUGGUGUCAGAAGGUAUAUGGCUCAGGCUUCGGAUGAGAUCUCUAUUGAAGUUGGUGACAUGAUUUCUGUGAUUGAUAUGCCAAGUCCAGCUGAGUCUAUUUGGUGGCGAGGAAAGAAAUCUCACUUGCAGAAAUCCCACUAUGAAGUCGGUUUCUUCCCCCAGAGCUGUGUUGCAACAAUAGGCGAUAAGGUUCCUCGACAUUUCCCGCUUCCAGCGCCACUAGUGGGCCAGUUGGAUGUCUCACCUACAAAGCCUGUGCUUCGUAAGCAUGGCAAGCUCAUAGCUUUCUUCCGGUCGUUUAUCUUAUCUCGACCUUCUCGACGUCGUCUGAAACAGAGCGGCAUUUAUCGAGAACGUGUGUUCUCCUGCGAUCUAAGUGAACACCUCCUGAAUAGUGGUCAGGAGAUUCCUAUGGUCCUCAAGUGCUGUGCGGAGUUCAUUGAAGAAAACGGCAUAGUGGACGGUAUCUAUAGACUGUCAGGCAUUACAUCGAAUAUACAAAAACUCCGUCGAUCAUUCGACGAGGAACAAAUUCCAGAUUUCUCAAAUCCUGAGAUUCGUCAGGACAUUCAUGCUGUGAGCUCACUGCUGAAGAUGUACUUUAGGGAGUUGCCGAAUCCAUUGUGUACUUAUCAGUUGUAUGAUAACUUUGUGGAGGCAAUUCAAGCAAAGAGUGAGUCAAACGAGAGGCUAAAGCUUAUGAAGGAGACUGUUUUAAAGUUGCCCCCGCCACACUAUAGAACUUUAAAAUAUUUGGCAACCCAUCUGAAUAAAAUCUCGCAGCACUCCGCUCGGACCGGAAUGACUGACAAGAAUCUGGCAAUAGUCUGGGCACCAAAUUUACUUCGGUCGCCCGCUCUCGAAUCGGGAGGUGUGGCCGCUUUGCGUGGCGUCGGUGUUCAAGCCGUCGUCACCGAGUACCUGAUCCGUAAUUGCCAUUUAAUUUUCGAUCCAAGCGAUGAGGAUUUUCGGUUGAGCUACGCUGGGAAUCCGGCCAGUGCUGCAGCUGAACAAAGGAUGGACUCACUUACCGAUUGUGAGAGUUUACUCGUCGAACAGCGAGAGCAUGAUCAAUCGCUAUGCUUUGUCGAACGGCCCAAGUCAUUAAGUGCUAGUGGACCAAAACUGAUAAGUCUCGAGGAGGCACAAACGCGUCACUAUCGACUAGACAGCUGUGAAAUGAACAAAUCAAUGCCAAUCAAUGUGAUUAGCAAUUCAGCAAAUAUCGGUUCAUACAUCGAAGUUGGCGGAGGGCCAUCUUCAUUGCCCGAUAAAUACCACACAGUCUUGCCGGUGCCUCGGAGUUGGCAAAAGCGAAAAACUCAUUCGUGGAAAUCGAUAUUUACGAGAAAUCCUCGCAACUCUAGCAGUAAUAAUGACGUCAAGGGAUUGAAUACUUCAGUGACUACGCCUGCACAUAAGACCAAUACCACUGCUCAGGUCACCUUUGCCGAUGAACAGGCUGGUGGGGAGGGCGGUCUUCAUAUGAAGAGCACCAAGCAAGACAAACCCAAAUCGAUAGAUCUCUUCGAAGUGGGUAAACCUAUGGAUAUCUGCGUAAGGACCAGUUCGGUGGAUAGUCUUCGAACCACUGGCCAUUCACGAUCAGUUUCUCAUGAUUCCUACUUUGACCUUCUGCAAUCUCCUCAGCGUGGUGUUACCACCUGCCCAUCCCGUGAACUUUCAGAGCUCGGUCUAAACUUUGACAGAGAGGAACCGGAAAUGCGAAUCUUCUCUGAUAGUGAGAGUCUGGUGGCGAGUCCGAAAGUUGGAAAAGAAAACAUUCCUCCAUCGAGAAGAGUUCUACGCGCUCGGCCCGAGGAAUUCUCUAGCACAACAAACUCAGUAAAUCCCAGCCCCAAAAAGCAACCAAGACUUAAUCUCCUCUCGCCAAGUAGCGCUGCAGCUCCACAAUCAUGGGGUCCCAAUACAACUGCUCAAACUCCUUGUUCCAGUGGAAGUGGUGAUCACAACGAUGAGAGCUGCUGCAAGCGUUACAAACUGGAAGACCAACUCUCAGAUAUUCAGUUUAUUGAUUGCAGCACUCCCGAGCAUACAAUAAGCAAUCCGAAUACGAUGUAUACCAGCGUUCAGGUCCAUAGUCCUCCUAAACAAUCGGUUUCAAAGACUUCGCUGGAUUCAGAAGGAAGCUCGAAGGCAAACAAUACCACGUUUGGAUCGAUCUUCGAAAACAAAGAUAAAAAUGGAGGUGAAAGCUCACAUAUAAUCACCCGGUAUAGCUACCCAACGGUCCAGGUAGGUGCAAAACGGAAAGAUGAUAAUGCCUUGAAGGAGCGCUUCAGCUACCCAGGCUCGGGGAAUAGUGGAAAAUACGUUUGUCGGCUAGUUUCGAAAGAUGUCAAGAUGAAUGUUCAAGAUGAACAAAAGAAGUCAGCAGCUGCAGCACAACAAUCACAAUCGGCCGGCAAUGAUGAGUUGCAGACUCAAAGAGUAACAUUUUCACAGCAACAAUACCAACAGCAUACUCCAAAAAACAACAAAUUAAUACCAGACUUGCUGAAGCCAAAAAAUCGCUACAGUUAUUGUGAUCCUCUGCAAGAUUCAAAUAAUUCAAUAAAUUUUCUAUUAAGAAGCAAUUCCGCUGAUAUGAAUAAAGAUAAACUUUCCAUUGGGUCCAGUAAUGACAUGGAACGAUCAAAGCUAAGUGUGACUCCAUCGUCACCUAUACAGAGUCCUCGUUACUCGCUGCUGGUCGGUGAGACUAGUUCGGAAAAUAGCAGCGCUGUUACUACUCCAAUUUAUGAAUUGGAUCCAAUAGCCAUGAUGGCAGCUUCACAGUCAUCGUCGCAUUAUGAUGAGACCAAAGGAUUUGCUGGUUGUUGUCGUGCGUCCGUCGAUAGCAUUUGCAGCAAUCUUACAUCACAAACUGAAAAACGUGAUAUGAACGCUCUCAAGAGAGAACUCUCUCUUGAUCUAGAUCCAGCUAAUAUGUGCUCGAAAAUGUCUGUAGAUCUCACAGACAGUGCCAGGCAACCACAAUCAUUACAUCUCAUGCCAUCGCCCAAUACACACACAGAAGACAACACUAGUCAGUCCGUUACUCCGAGUGAGUUUGGUUAUCAGCAUUUGAAUCGUCAAUCGAACCUUGUUUCGCUGGAAAGUUCACCCAACUUCGAUGAGUACGACAAUAUGGACCGAUCCUUCCUAAACUAUGACAAAUCAGCCAUCACACCAAGCAAUAGUACAGCUCCUUUGAUGGGACAGAGUCCAACUAACUCAACAAAGAAACUAGUUCCAAUUAGUCCUAUCAAAGCAACUAUCAACAUCACAUACAAUUUAAAAAGCCCUCGAGAGGGCCCUUUGCUCCCAGAACCAGAAACUCCCAGAAAACCACUGUUGGAGACGAGUUUUGAUGAAAAUAUCGUCUACGAGCAGGUUAAGUUCUUUCGAAACUCCGUGACCGAAGUGAACCAACUUCUAAGUAACGGCAAUCCUUUGUACGACAUAGAGAAGGAACCUCUGCGAGAAGAAGGCACAGAUGAAGAUCAAACUCCAUCGCCAAUCCAUGAAGUCAAUAGCAAUUUGAUAGUUCUAAGCGACGAAGAAGAGGAGAAUCAUGAAUACCCAAAUCUUUCAGAAGACAUUCAAAUGUCGGACAAUAUUGACAGUCUUGAGUGUGAUCCAAGCCUAUCGCUCUAUGAAAAUGUUGAGCUAAGAAAACCUGCUACGGUUUAUGAAAAUAUGGAAGGCGGAUCAAUGAAGUCUGGAAAUGGUUUGGAAAAACUUAAUCUUGAUCGGAGUUCAAAUUCUUCUGAUCCACGUCGUUCACCAUCGAAUUUUAGUGUAAAACAGUUGGCAACUAAAUUUGAAGUUUCCCCAGUAGAGCAACAGCAAGCUUUUGAUUUCAAUGUGAAGUCAGCUAAAAAAUCCGAUUUUCCUGCAGCGAAGAGCUCUCCUCCUCAACCACCAGCAAAACCAUCACAAAACUCUUCCUCGAAGCAACAGUUGAACAAAACAAAUCAAAUUACACGAAGUUUGGAUGAAAAUGCUUUUGUAAGAGAGUUCGGACCGAAGCGCCUGGAAGAUAUUGCUAGAAGUGUACAUCAAAUGGAUAAAAUCGAAGAAGCCACUCGACGGAAAUCAUUCGAUUUCACUCGUCCCAAAUGCCUGAAUCCUCCCAAAAGACUGCCAGGUCUUCCCAUUAAUGAAGAAGUCUGCCAAAAGAGCUCACUGAAGUUGGAUCUUAGUGAUGAAGUAGAAUCACCAUCGUCGACUAGUGAGACCGAAGUGAAAAUCACUCCGACCACUGAAAAUCGAAUUUCGUUAAUUCAGAACAAUGUUGCAGCAGAAGAUCCCAAUAAUCCAGGCUCUUUGACAACUACAACACCUCUGAAAGUGCUUAGUGGAGUGAAAUUGGAUCGUGAGAGAAUUGACCGAAUCAAAGAAGAACGUCGACAUCAACUCAAAGAGAAAUAUCGAGCAGAUUCCUUCAAAUCUAAAUCAAAAACCGAAUUAAGAGAAUUCCAAAAGGAUGAAGAUAAAUUCACUUCAGAAUCAUUGAGGGUGAAAUCAAAGUCUCGCGGAGAUGUUCGAACAACUUUCUUUCAAAAAGAUAUGGAUGACAAUUUAAAGGAAGCGAAUUUUCAUACAGUAGGUGCUGGACGUGUGAGGAGUAUUAGCGACGAAAAGAACCAAAAUAAUUGUGAGUCAGAGAACUUGGCGAAUUUGGUGGAUAAAAAUGGAGCAGAUUCGACAGAGUUUUCAGCAAGAGCUACAGUACAGAAAUUCGAAAGGAAGAGUCUGGAUUAUACGAGAGAGCGUGAUGCAACUAGUAUAACUACUGUUGCAGCUAUUCCCGUCGACGGAAAUGUGCGAAGUGGAAGUGCCACGACCAAUUCGGCAGCGAUGCUGGGAAAAAAUAGUAUUAGUUCAACGAGAGACAAGAUAUCACCAAAAUUUUCAAUACGUGACGUUACAGCUAUGUUUGAAUCUCGUUCACAAAAUCAACAGUAAAAUUUUAAAUUACAAUAACAAUAAACAAUUUAUAUAUAUAUAUUUAACAAUUUAACAAUAAAACAAAAUAAAUGAUCAUUUAUAAAA